CACUGUUCUUCUUCUUCUCUAUCUAAGCGGAAAACCAAUUGUUACAGUUCACAAGUAAUCUCUUUCUCAAGCUUUCUCUCUCUACCAAUUAAAGCAUCUCUCUUUCCUCUCUCUCUCUCCACGACAACUCCGUAAGACCCGCUCUCUGUGUCCAAUUUUCUUCUUCGUCUUCCCCUUCUCGCUAGGGUUUUGAUUCCUUCAACACAGACCCACAUCAUCUGCGUUUCUUCUUCUUCUUCUCUCUUUGUCUAAUAUGACCUCGACUUCCGCGAAGAACAACGGCUUAUCAGCCGCGCUUGUCUCGAAUCUCCAGGAUGUGCUUUCGAAAAGAAGAGGAGGGAGCGAGGAAGGAACUGUGAGCGAUGGAUCGGCGGAGGAGGCUCCGUCUACUUCUGAUUCCGUCGAUGUUUCGGCCGCAGAGAAGGAGAUCGAUGACUCAAAACCCAUCGUUUUAGUCACGAAUGGCGAUGGGAUUGAUUCGCCUGGGCUCGUCUCUCUCGUCGAGGCUUUGGUUCGCGAAGGGCUCUACAAUGUCUAUGUCUGUGCUCCUCAAACGGAUAAAUCAGCGGCUGCUCAUUCUACGACUCCAGGAGAAACCAUUGCUGCAAGUUCCACUAAUAUCAACGGUGCCACAGCCUUUGAAGUUUCAGGGACUCCUGUGGACUGCAUCUCGUUAGGAUUAUCAGGGGCGCUCUUUGCUUGGUCCAAACCAAUAUUGGUAAUUAGUGGAAUCAAUCAGGGAUCAAGCUGUGGGCAUCAAAUGUUCUAUUCAGGUGCAGUUGCUGGAGCCAGGGAAGCCUUGAUUUCUGGAGUACCCUCUUUGUCAAUAUCAUUGAACUGGAAGAAAGAUGAAAGCCAAGAAAGUGACUUCAAGGAUGCUGUUGGUGUCUGUUUACCUUUGAUAAACGCAACAAUCAGAGACAUUGAGAAAGGAGUUUUCCCUAAAGACUGCUCUCUCAACAUAGAAAUUCCCACAUCACCCUCAUCAAACAAGGGUUUCAAGGUAACAAAACAAAGUGUGUGGAGGCAGAGUCCUUGUUGGCAAGCUGUUUCAGCUAACCGUCACCCUGGUGCUGGGAAUUUCAUGUCCAACCAACAAAGUCUAGGAGCUCAGCUUGCCCAGCUUGGCAGAGAUGCUUCAGCUGCUGGGGCGGCUCGCCGAUUUACCACACAGAAGAAGAGUAUUGUUGAGAUUGAAUCGGUUGGUGUUGCUGGUAAAACUGAUAGCCGUGUUAAGAAAUACUUCCGUCUAGAGUUUGUGACUAAAGAACAAGAACUUACGGAUGAAGAUUUGGAUGUCAAGGCUCUAGAAGAUGGUUUUGUUUCUGUGACUCCGCUGCCUCUAUGUCCAAAAAAGGAUUCGGAAAUUCAAGCCGCAGCAUCAGAAUGGAUCUCCAAAGCCCUUAACGCUGAUCAAUGAAAAAGGUCUUUCACUGUAAAUUAUGUUACAUGAUUUGGCAAAAACUCUCCAACAAUUCUGGUCUGCAUUUGUUUGUUCUUGUGGUCUUGUUGUCCUUUAACCCCUUUUUUUUUUUUAAAUUUAUUUAUUCGAUCCCCUAACAAGUCUCGUGGGUUGUUUUUGUUGGAUUGUUUCAUUUGUUUGUUUGUCAGUAGCUAUUUGGGAACGCUUACCUUGGUAAUUAUAUUAUUUUGUUUUGCAUA